AACAGUGGAAUGGAAAGAAAGUGCUGUGGUCAUCCCAUGUUAUGCUCCUUGUCAACAAUGUAUACAUUCUUGUUAGGGGCCAUAUUCAUUGCUUUAAGCUCAAGUCGAAUCCUGUUGGUAAAAUAUUCAGCCAAUGAAGGAACAGAGAGCCCAUUCAGGGUGAGCAUGCAAAAUGAAGAAAUGGAGCCAAGGACAAAACUCCAAGGAAAGCCAACAUUGAACAGGCAUCCUGACACUCGGAAGGAUGUUAAGAAGGAAUUGUUAGAACUAAAUGCACAUGACUCAUAGAAGGGAAAGAAUAUGUUUGAAGACAGAGAGAAUUGCAACAUAAUAAAGAUUAAAACAUGCCCUUUGGAAUUAAUAAUUAGAAGAUAUUUGGUAAUCUCAGAAAGUAGGUAGUUUGAGUACAGUGGUGGGAUCAGAAGUGAGAUUACUUGAGGACAAGACCUGAAUGAAGAGUGGGCAAAAUGAAGAUAAUGAAUGUUGACACUGUUUUAGAGGAGAAAGUAUGGUAGUUGGAGGGAUAGGAUCUUAUAUAGUGUUUUGCUUUUCAGAUGGGAGCGUUUUGAGCAUAUUAUAGGCCAAGGGGAGGAAGCCAGUUAAUAGAAGAAUAAAGGAGAUACCGAAGCCAGAGGAAUUACUAAUUAGAACAAAGUCCCUGAAGAGAAGGGAAUAUUUUAAAGGGGUGAAUGUCUGAAUAGUGAGGCCAUGACCCCUUUCUUUGGGACUAACAGGAAAUCAGUAAGGAUGGAUGUAAUAUAGAUAAGGUAUGUGAGUAUGGGCAGAAGGUGAGUAGAGGGAGGUUUCACAUGAUGCUGAGACACAGUUUGGGAUCAACCAUGAUAGAAAUACAAGAAAAAAAAACCAAUAGAGCAAGUAUGAGUUAAAGAGCACUGAUGUAGGUGCAUGUUUGCUCACAUGUGUAUCAUGACAGAGAUCAAUGUGAAGUAUUAUUAGAGAAUAGUAAAGUGUGAUUUCAGUCUAGCUUUGAGCUCAGAAAAGAGAGGAGAGAAAAGUUUAACAGGCAGAUAGCUAAAUUGAGGUUAACAUUGAUUAAGUGCCUACGAAGAGCAGAACAUCGUUAACUGCCAGAUAUACGAAGAUGACUAAAAUGGUCUUUUUCUCAUAAGGAGCUUACAUUCUCAGGAGAAUAAAUAUGAUUAUCUUCCCACUACUGUGAAUGUGUGCUCAGAACUGGUGAAGCUAGUUUUCUGUGUGCUUGUGUCAUUCUGGGUUAUAAAGAAAGAAAAUCAUCAAAGUAGAAAUUUGAGAUGUGCUUCCUGGAGGGAAUUCUCUAAUUUCAUGAAGUGGUCCAUUCCAGCCUUUCUUUAUUUCCUGGAUAAUUUGAUUGUCUUCUAUGUCCUUUCCUAUCUUCAGCCUGCCAUGGCUGUUAUCUUCUCAAAUUUUAGCAUUAUAACAACAGCUCUUCUAUUCAGGAUAGUGCUGAAGAGACAUCUAAACUGGAUACAGUGGGCUUCUCUCCUGAUUCUGUUUUUAUCUAUUGUGUCCCUCACUGCUGGGACUGAAACUUCACAGCAUAACCUGGCAGGACAUGGGUUUCAUCAUGAUGCCUUCUUCAGCCCUUCUAAUUCCUGCCUUCUUUUCAGAAGUGAGUGUCCCAGAAGAGAUAAUUGCACAGCAAAGGAGUGGACUUUUAUUGAUGCUAAGUGGAACACCACAGCCAGGGUUUUCAGUCACAUCCGUCUUGGCUUGGGCCAUAUUCUCAUUAUAGUCCAGUGUUUUACUUCUUCAAUGGCCAAUAUCUAUAAUGAAAAGAUACUGAAGGAAGGGAACCAGCUCACUGAAAGCAUCUUCAUACAGAACAGCAAACUCUAUUUCUUUGGCAUACUUUUUAAUGGGCUGACUCUGGGCCUUCAGAGCAGUAACCGUGAUCAGAUUAAGAACUGCGGGUUCUUUUAUGGCCACAAUGCAUUUUCAGCAGCACUUAUUUUUGUAACUGCAUUCCAGGGCCUCUCAGUGGCUUUUAUUCUGAAGUUCCUGGACAACAUGUUCCAUGUGUUGAUGGCCCAGGUCACCACUGUCAUCAUCACAACAGUGUCUGUCCUGGUAUUUGACUUUCAACCCUCCCUGGAGUUUUUCUUAGAAGCCCCGUCAGUUCUUCUUUCCAUAUUUAUUUAUAAUGCCAGCAAGACUCAAGAUAAGGAAUUUGCACCUAGGCAAGAAAGGAUCCGAGAUCUAAGCGGCCGACUUUGGGAGCGCUCAAGUGGGGAUGGAGAAGAACUGGAAAGACUUACCAAACCGAAGAAUGCCAUUGAGUCAGAUGAAGAUACUUUAUAAUUGGUAACAAAAUAGUUGGCAAAUCUCACAACCUUAUUUUCACAUUUUCAGCAUAUGUGGCAUUCAUCUUUUGACUUUGAUAAGCCAACAACAUUUCCAAAGUUUAACACUCUUUGCAUAUAUCUAACUGCUCCCUAAACAGUUCUAUCCAAGGCUGAGGGUACCCAAAAGCUAAAAAGGUCUAAGAACUGACAUAGGAAUAAUAGUAUAGAGACUACAUAAAUGGCCCAGUACUUGAUAAGUCAACAAAGUAUCUUCACAGAUUAUUUUCCUUGUCGUCCAAGGUUCCAAAAACCUUAUAAUCAUGUUUACCAUACCCCAUAAAUAUACAAAUACAGAUCAGUUUGACAGAUACUCAUAAUUAUGUAGUUCUACUCUCUCUGCUAGUCUUCCCUUUUUUAUCAUCAUAAAUAUUAAACAGGUUGUGCCUUGAAUUUUGAGGCCCUGGAGGUACACAUUUUUCCGUUAAAAAAGCAACACGACUUUCUAAAAAAUUUGGUUGAAGGACCAUCCUCUUUGGCUACAACGUUGAUUUGAGGUCACUGUAGUCUCUGCUGAAUGUUUUGAUGAAGGAGCAAUUUUUCAGAAACAAAAUCUCAGAAUUUUUAUUUUUUUAGGAAUUCAUAGGGAAUUUGAUUUUUAGUAUUAUCUUUCAAUGUUUUUCUAUACAAAUAAGCUUCCACUUAGGAGAAAAUUGGUUCCCAGUCACCACAGUUAUCACUUGUAUUUUAAAUCAUUUAAACGGGCCAUGGUGGGUUUCUUUCUCCUCAGAUUGACCUCACGACUCUUGGAUUUUUAUGUUUUAAAGAACUAGGAGGAAGCUAUUUCAUUUUAUUAGCUAUUAAUCAGACCUUAUGAUAAUUAUAUAUCUUAUCUUGUUUUUAAGAGUUGAGACAUUGGCUUCAGAAUCACAGCAGGUUGUCAGUAAGACUAAUGUCUAAGAGUUCCUUUUGAAAGGGUUAUUUAGCAAACAAAUGACUUUAUUGAAGUAUGAAUAGUAUUUAAAAAGAGAAAGGCCAAUGAUAAUCACUUUAUAAUAAUAUUUCACACUUCAAGUACAUGGUAUUUUUCAAUAUAUUUUUGCAUGCAGCUAAUUGACUCUGAGGUAUUGAAGUCAAAUGACAGAUAAUUUAAAAGUGAGAAAACAAGUGAUUUGCCCAACGUCAUGCAGCUGGAUGGUAAUAGGACAAGAAUUGGCUUUACCUGUCAGACCUGUAUGUUUACAGAGCAGUACACUGUAAAUGUGAGUUAAGAUGUCAUUCUCAUGCAAUUGGUUCAUUUCUUCUCUUCUUUCCUCUAAUUUUCAUACAGAUGAACAUAAGAUAAUAUUGUUAUAUAACCCAUCUGAUGUGCAGAAUAAUAUGACUUAGCAAGAGUUAGUGGAAAUUUGUAAAUAAAAUAAUUAUUAAACAUA